AUGUCCGGACGUCAAGGUGGAAAGGCUAAGCCAUUGAAGGCUCCGAAGAAGAAGCAGCAUGACGAAGAUGAAGAUGAUGCUGCUUUCAAGGCUAAACAAAAAGCAGAUGCUGCUGCAAAGAAGGCGAUGGCAGAAAAAGCAAAAAAGGGUGGACCAUUAGUUGGUGGUGGUAUCAAGAAAAGUGGUAAGAAGUAA